AGCCAAUGAGCAGCUUGACAAGAUCAAAUAUCACUAUAACACAAGGACUUAUUUGAUGAGAAGAGUUACAGCCAGUCUCCCCAUCCAUCGCCAAGGAGUCUCACUUCUUUCAACUUUUCUGAGGUGUAAAUCCACUGUCACCAUGUCUGACACCGAGGAAGUUGAUCAGAUCGAGGAGGCCUAUGAAGAGGAAGUGGAGGAAGGAGAACAAGAUGAGGAGAAGCCCAAGUUCAAAGUCCCUAAGGUCCCUGAUGGCGAGAAGGUGGACUUUGACGACCUCCAUAAGAAGCGUCAGAACAAAGACCUGAUUGAGCUGCAGGGGCUGAUCGACGUCCAUUUUGAGAACAGGAAGAAGGAGGAGGAGGAGCUUAUCGCCCUCAAGUCCAGAAUUGAGAAACGCAGGUCAGAGAGGGCUGAGAUCCAGAGGGUACGCACUGAGAAGGACAAGGAACGCCAGGCCAGACGUGAGGAGGAGAGGCUGAAGAAGGAGGAGAUGGAUCAAAGGAGAAAGGCUGAUGAUGACGCUAAGAAGAAGUCGGCUCUGACCAACAUGGGCUCCAGCUAUAGCAGCUCACUGCAGAAGGCCGACACUAAGAGAGGAGGUAAGAAGCAGACUGAGAGAGAGAAGAAGAAGAAGAUCCUAGCGGAGCGACGCAAACCUCUCAACAUCGACCAUCUGAACGAGGACAAGCUAAAGGACAAGGCCAAGGAUCUAUGGGAGUGGAUGCACCUACUGGAGUCUGAGAAGUAUGAACACAUUGAGAAACUCAAGAGGCAGAAGUAUGAGGUCAUCUCUCUCAGAAAUCGUAUUGAUGAGCUUCAGAAACACAGCAAGAAGGGAGCCGCAGCCCGCCGCAGAAAGUAAACUGCGCCGCCCUCAGAGGCCUCAGCACCGGCGUGCGUCCGCCAUGCUGCCCACUUCUGUACGGGCAGGGACAACUGCCUAUGCCCGCAACAGCCAUCCAGACCCCGGCUAGACCCACGUCAUGGAACCGACUAAAUACACUGGAUGUCCUACAGUCUGCUUUCGUAUUAUGUGAAUUAUGUUGUCACAGUCGCAUUCUUCUCAUGUCCUGUCCUCUCACAGCGGACUGUUGUUAGGUUCUCAUGUCCUGUCCUCUCACACCAGACUGUUAGGUUCUCAUCGUAUUUUUUUUGUAAAUAAAAAAGAGUGACGCUU